AUGGAACCCAUAAGACCAUCAAGGGGAAAAGCCCGUGGACGUCCUCAAUUCCCAACUAUUCAACCAGGUGUAUCAGGUUUAUCAAAUUUACCUCCUCAAGGAAUAAGAGGACCUAGACCACCCAUAUCUCAGCCAAUACCUUCUUCACAGCCAAUAUCUUCUUCACAGCCAAUAUCUUCUUCACAGCCAAUACCUUCUUCACAGCCAAUACCUUCUUCACAGCCACUACAAACACCAGUUACGAGUACAAUGCCACGGCCACCUCGUCCAAUGCCACCACGACCUACUGGUGCACCUCAGCAAAGAGCCCCUAGGCCACUAGGGCCAAGACCAGGGAUGUCUACUGAUAAUUUACCAAGACCUGGGAUGUCUGGUGAUAAUGUACCAAGACCUGGGAUGUCUGGUGAUAAUGUACCAAGACCUGGGAUGUCUGGUGAUAAUGUACCAAGGCCUGGAAUGUCUGCUGAUAAUAAAGCCCUUAAACAAGACCCUAUGGCAGGAGUGCAACAAAUUACAGAAGGCCUCAAAAAUUUGGGUGCAGGAGAUGCACUAGUACCUUUAGGACGCGGAUCUGUCCGAGGGCGAAGGCAGAUUGAUCUUGAACAUUUUAGAACACCAAGACCUCAAUCAUCAUUAGGCGAUAUUGGAAAACAGGGAACUUCUGGACAGCCAGUAAAAUUGUUGGCAAAUUAUUUUCCUAUCACCUCGUAUACUAAUUGGUGUUUGUAUCAAUAUCGGGUUGACUUCAGUCCUGAAGAAGAUAGAAUUAGUUCUAAAAGAGGAUUAUUAGCGCAGCACCGAGACCUUUUAGGAGGAUAUUUGUUUGACGGAACCAUGUUAUUUUCUGGCACCCGAUUUGAUCCACAAACUUUUGAACUUACAUCUACACGUCGCCAUGAUGAUCAAAUUGUAAUAAUUUCAGUGAAAUUCACGAAUGUUAUAGAAACUGGUGAUUAUGCCAACAUUCAGGUGUUUAACUUACUUUUGCGUAAUUGUCUUCGACAUCUUAAAUUAACAUUGAUUGGAAGAAACUUUUAUGAUCCAGAUGCCAAAAUUGAUAUGGCUCAACAUAAGCUUCAACUUUGGCCAGGUUAUGAAACAACUAUUGGCAGGUAUGAAGAUAACAUUUUACUGUGUGCAGAAAUUUCAACAAAAGUAAUGCGUCAAGAAACAGUAUUGGACUUUUUAAAUCAGUGUGCUGCUGAUAGAAAUAGAAACAAAGAUUGGAUGAUCAAUUUUAAAACUGGUGUCGUUGGUACCACAGUUAUGACAAAAUACAAUAAUGAAACUUACAGAAUUGACGAUAUAGAUGAAGGUUCUGACCCUAAUUCUGAAUUUAGUAAAAAAGAUGGGUCUAAAAUGACUUACAUCCAAUAUUACAAAGAAAAAUGGAACAUAACAAUUCGCGGUGGCAGACAACCGAUGUUGAUUUCGAAAAAUAAAAAAUCUGUAAGACGAUUUGGAGCUGAAGAUACGUUGGUGUACCUUGUUCCAGAACUAUGCAUCAUGACUGGUAUAACUGAUGCUAUGAGAAAUAAUUUCACACUUAUGAAAGAUAUGGCCAUACAUACCCGUGUGAAUCCCAAAGAACGCAUGGAAAGAUUAACGAACUUUGCAAAUAGACUUCUUUCUACACCAGAUUCUGUAACUGAAUUGAAAAGAUGGAAUCUGACAUUAAGUAACAAGUUGGUUGAACUCACUGGACGUACAUUACAACCAGAACCAAUUCAAAGUCGUACUAAAGGCUAUAAUGGCGGCGAAGAAGCUGAUUGGACAAAGCAUUUACGCUCUUUACCAAUGUUUACCUCUGCCACUGUAAAGAACUGGGUAAUAUUAGCUCCUAAAGACUGUUGCCGUGAAGUAGAAGCAUUUGCUCAGAGUCUACAAAAAGCAGCACAAGGAAUGACAUUCGUAUUGCCCAGGCCUGUUAUAUUUCCUAUGGUUGAUGGGAGGUCAAAUACAUUUUUGAACGAUCUGGAAAAAGUAAUUAAUGAAUCGAAUCCUUCAUUGAUUUUAUGUGUCAUUCCGUCGGCGCGUGGUGAUAUUUAUAGUAUGAUUAAAAGAAAACUAUGUAUUGAUAGAGCAGUACCAUCCCAAGUAGUACUGUUAAAAAAUGUGCAAAAGAACAAUUUGUCUGUUUGUACGAAAAUUGCUAUACAAAUAAAUUGUAAACUUGGAGGUGCACCUUGGCUAGUUACCAUUCCUAAAAAAGGGAUGAUGAUAGUUGGUUUUGAUGUAUGUCAUGACAGCCAGCGGAAAAACAUAUCAUUUGGAGCUUUAGUAUCAACCAUGAAUGAUGCUCAUACAAGUUACUUCAGUUGUGUGGAACCACAUGAAAGUGGAGAGGAACUCUCUGUUCAUUUUGCUACAGGCAUAAGCAAGGCAUUGGCCAAGUAUAGGGCUAAAAAUGGUGCAUUACCAUCUUCGAUAAUUGUAUAUAGAGAUGGUGUUGGAGAAGGCCAAAUAUCACAUGUCCAUAAGACAGAAGUUAGACUUUUGCAGACUGCCUGUGAACAAUUUUAUGGGGGAAGUUCUGUCCCAUUAGCGUUUGUUAUAGUCACGAAACGAAUUAGUGCAAGAUUUUUUACUCCUAGUAACAGAGGGCCUGAAAAUCCUCGACCCGGUACAGUUAUUGAUAGCGUUGUUACAGACCCAACUAAGUAUGAUUUCUUUUUGGUAUCACAACAUGUAAGACAGGGUACUGUAACUCCUACACAUUAUCAAGUUAUUGAAGACACACUUCGACUUCCUCCAGAUAUAAUGCAGAGACUUACAUUCAAGUUGACCCAUAUGUACUACAAUUGGUCGGGUACGGUUCGAGUUCCUGCUCCAUGUCAAUUGGCUCACAAGUUGGCAUUCCUCACUGGACAGAGUCUCAGACGUUCACCCAACAUUGGAUUGGAUGAGUUGUUAUACUUCCUUUAG